AGACAAGUUAGUCUUCAUAGAGAAUGAUAGGUACUGAUUCGUACCUAAUUACUAUUGAAUUCCCUAGUGUCGACGAUAAGAAUUCACGUUCUGAUUAUAGAUACUCUAAUAUUGAAGUUACAGGCAUUGACUUAUCAUCAGGAACUAUGGGUACAGGUGAUUUAGAGCCAUUAAAGGCUAAACUGUUAGGUAAAGGUAUAAUUAGAUUAUAUCGAGAAUUAGAAGAUGAAGAAGGUGAUAUAUCAUCAUUACAACUUGGAGAUAAUCCAGUAGAUGUUAUACCCGGUGAUGAUACAAUGGUAGCAAUUGUUGCCGUUCCAACUUAUUUUACAGCAACUGAUUUAUUAGGAUUUAUUGGUGAAUCUUAUAUGAAAGAUAUUUCUCAUAUACGAAUACUUAAAAGUGAUAAACCUAAUAGAUUUCUUGUAUUAAUUAAAUUUAAUGGUAUAGUUCGAGCUGCAGAAUUUCAUCAUAUCUUUAAUGGUAAAGCAUUUAAUUCAAUGGAACCUGAAACAUGUCAUGUACUUUAUGUUAAAGGUGUACAAAUUGAACAUCUGGAAAAUGAAAAAUCAGAAGCUAAAAAUACAUUAAUACCUUUCUUAUUACAUGAUCCAUUUACAUCCCCUCCUGUUUCAAUACCGAAUAGUCCAGAUUCUAAAGCAUUUUCAGAAAUACCUUCUGAAAGACCACUCAUGGAAUUACCUAGUUGCCCUGUUUGUCUAGAACGAAUGGAUGCAGCAGUUACAGGAUUACUUACAAUACCAUGUCAACAUACUUUCCAUUGUCAAUGUCUUUCCAAAUGGAAAGAUGAUACGUGUCCAAUCUGUCGAUAUUCAAAUAAUUUCUCAAACUUAAAAGUUCGUAGAACGGUUCGAAGACUACUGCAAUUGGCAUUGCCUCGAAAUAAUGAUAUAAUAGAACAAGAAACUCCAGAAACUUGUUUUGAAUGUACAGAUGAUGAAAAUCUAUGGAUUUGUCUUAUAUGUGGUAAUGUAGGGUGUAGUAGAUAUGCUCCUGGUCAACAUUCAUUAAAGCAUUUCAUCGAUACAGGACAUUGUUUUGCUAUGGAAGUCAAUACUUCACGUGUUUGGGAUUAUGCAGGAGAUAAUUAUGUUCAUAGAUUAGUUACAAAUGAAUCCGAUGGUAAAUUAGUAGAAUUACCAGAUAAGAAUUCAAAUUCAGAAAAGGCCGAAGAAAAAGUCGAUGAAUUAGGAUUUGAAUAUUCUCAAUUACUAGUAAGUCAAUUAGCAUCACAACGAGAUUAUUAUGAAUCAUUAUUACAAGAAAGAGAUGCUCCUAAAUCAAGACGAGGAUCUAAACCAUUAGAUUUAGAAACAACGGUAGAAAAAUUAACAGCCAAAUUAGCAGAAAUUUCUGAUCAUACAAUUCCAUCUUUACGAGAUAAAAUUGUACAAAAGGAUAUAAAACUUAAUAAAUUAGCAAAAGAAUUAAGUACCUCAAAUACGCUAAACAAUGCAUUAUCGGCAAAAGUGGAGUAUCUAACUAAAUCUAUUGAAGAAUCUCAAACCAAAAUUGCGCAGCUUAAAGAAGAAAAUCAAGGUUUAAAUGAACAAGUUACAGACUUAAUGUUUUUCCUUGAUAGCCAAGAAAAAUUUAAAGAUGAACCACAAGAUGUUAAAGAUGGUACCAUUGUGGUUCAACAACCUUCUAAAAGGUCAUUAAAGAAGAAAAAGAAGUAAACUUAAAAUAUAGUUAUGAUAUAAGGGAACUUGAACGACGGGUGUGCAUACAACGCCCCCAAUUGCGUGCCUAAUUUGGACCGACUACUGAAAGUUGCAGCAAUUGACACUAUAAUGAGUAUAGAUUGUAAUCACAAUAGUUUCCUAAAUUAUUUUGAAUAAGAUACAAUUUAAUAAUAAUGUAUAAUUUAUUAUGUUAGUUUCCGAGUAGGAUCUUUGUAGUAGAUAUGACCGAAUUUAAAUUUUCGAAUAUGAUUUAAAAAAUUC